CAGUUAGCCUCACCUCCCUCCCUCAACUCAGCAUGGAGCAGAAGUCAGAAAACUGUAAGGUUCCAGAAGAUCUGUUCAGUGGCUUGAAAGUUACAGACUCUCAGGAAGCAGAGUCUGCCAGCCCCCCGGUUUCGGAUCCCAAGGAUCCGCAUUCCCAGAGCAAGCCACUAAAGGAUGCUAACUCCCAUGAGGACCACGGAGAAGAGGAGUGUUUUCAUGACUGCAGCGCCUCAUUUGAGGAGGAGCAGCCAGGGGCGGGUAAGGUGGAGAACAAAGCCAGUGAUGAUUCUAGUUCUGAACUGGAUGAAGAAUAUCUAAUUGAACUGGAAAAAAACAUGCCAGAAGAAGAGAAGCAGAGAAGAAGAGACGAGAGCGCAAAACUAAAGGAAGAGGGGAAUGAACAGUUUAAGAGGGGAGAUUAUGUAGAAGCUGAGAGUUCGUACAGUCAAGCUAUUCAGAUGUGCCCAUCCUGUUUCCAGAAAGAUCGAUCUGUUCUGUUUUCAAAUAGAGCUGCUGCAAGGAUGAAACAGGACAAGAAGGAGGUGGCCAUCAGUGACUGCAGCAAAGCAAUUCAGUUAAACCCUAGCUACAUCCGUGCAAUACUGAGGAGAGCGGAGUUGUAUGAGAAAACAGACAAACUAGAUGAAGCACUGGAAGAUUAUAAAUCAGUAUUAGAAAAGGAUCCAUCAGUGCAUCAAGCAAGAGAAGCUUGUAUGAGAUUACCUAGGCAAAUUGAAGAACGUAAUGAAAGAUUAAAAGAAGAGAUGUUAGGUAAACUAAAAGAUCUUGGCAACUUGGUUCUGCGACCUUUUGGGCUCUCCACAGAAAAUUUCCAGAUCAAGCAGGAUUCUUCUACUGGUUCCUACUCCAUCAAUUUUGUUCAAAAUCCAAAUAAUAAUAGAUAACAGAAAUAGCAUUAGUCUUAAAGGCUUCCUGGAAGGCCAUGAACUGUUCACAAGGAGCAAGGCCCUUCAAGUAUUUAAUGUUUAAAAGCAUCUUAUCUAAGAGAGGCUGUGUAGUAGAGCCCAAGCCGCCUUCUUGCUCUUGUCUUAUGAUCAGGGUGGAAUGUGCCUCCUGAUGUAAUGAGCAUCAUUACUUUCCAUUUUGAGGUGGUGUCUCUGCAGCUGUUGUUCUUGUUUCUGGCUGGUUUUUGUCUUGGUGAGGAAGCCUACUUGUCAAGGCUGACCUCUUAGAGCUAUACAGAUGUGCUAGCCACCAAAUGCCUCCCCUAACCAUGCAAGCCUGUUAGUUGGUUGGUGGCCAUACAUGCUGGACAUGGUCCCCUCCUGCUGCCCU